AUGAGAUUCAAUCUCGGGCUUGGCUCCAUGGCAGCCGUGUCAUUGGCAUGGGUUUGUCUUGGUGACGAGCAGUCUGCUCCGUCGCUCAGCAAUCUCACAUCCGCUUUGGCAACGAUCCCAACCUGCGCACUCACCUGCCUCGCCAACUACAUCGCCAAGGAAAAUUGCACCGCUACUGACCCACAAUGCAUUUGUGUGGACAAGUAUGCUGCUAUUCAGAACCGCGCGAAGCCUUGUAUCAUUGAGGCUUGUUCCCUGCCGGAAGCAUUAUUCACCAAAAACGUCACCGAAGUUGCUUGUAACAGGCCGGUUCGGGACAAGAGUGGACGAUAUGACGCAAUGAAUCUCGCCAUGGGAGUCAUCACGGCGCUGUUGGUGACAACACGACUAGUGUACAAGAAGUUCUUUGGCUACCGACGCGAACUUGGGCCAGACGACUGGGUCAUCCUAUGGACUUUGAUCCUCGGCGUACCCUGCACGAUUCUCAACAGCGUCGGCCUGAUCGCGAAUGGAUUGGGCAGAGAUGUCUGGACGGUUACCCCUGACGAACUCACCAAGUUCAUCAUGUUCUUCUUCGUCCUGCAGAUUUUUUACCUUGCCCUCAUGUGCCUGAUCAAGCUCAGUCUCUCGCUCUUCUACCUGUACAUCUUUCCGGGCACCACCGUCCACCGGCUAUUGGUGGCCACUUGCGUGUUCAACGCCGUUUUCGGCGUCGCCUUUGUCUUGACGGGAAUGUUUUCGUGCACGCCGAUAAGCCAUUACUGGACGCAGUAUGUCAAUCCCGAGAUUUCUGGUCGCUGCAUCAACCUCAACUUGUUUGCCUGGGUACACGCCGCCUUCAAUAUUGUCACCGAUCUUUGGAUGCUUGCGCUGCCCCUAAGCCAGAUUAAGAGCCUGGACCUUUCCUGGAAAAAGAAGUUUGGCGUCAUAUUCAUGUUUCUGAUUGGAGCUUUCGUUACUAUAGUCUCCGUUCUGAGAUUGGAGUCUCUUCUAGUCUUUGCCAACUCCACCAACCCAACAUGGGAGAACUGGAUCGUGGCAUGGUGGUCUACCAUUGAAGUCAAUGUCGGCAUGAUCUGCACGUGCUUACCUACCGUGCGAUUAAUUCUCGUCCGCGUAGCACCCCGCAUGUUUAGCACCGACAUGUCAAACGGCCAGUCGUACGAGACGCAUGGCAUGCGCGAUCGAUAUGUCAGGAACAGCCACGUCAUGAGACGCAAGCAAAUCGACAUUGAGCAUGAGCACGAACCAGGUCGAUGGUGA